CGCAACUUAUAAUAAAAAAAAUCUUUUUGCGUCACGUCACUUAUUCUAUUUUGUUCCUUCCCCUUCCUUCAGCGCUCGGAUUUGUUUCGUCUUGCUCAACCCAUCCUCCUGGCUCGUCCAGGUUCUGGAAUACACCACAGAUCCUGCAAUAUCUCCAAGACGACGAUAUGACAUGACGGCAUAAGGCAUCGCCAAGACAAGGCCUAAGCUGUGAGACAAUAUUACAAUAUUACACAGCUUGUUCCUUGAUCGAGAUGAGCGCCGCUUGAUGUCGUCUGGCACCAGAUCAAGAUACUCAUUUUAACCACCUCUUAACCAACCCAUGGGCCUAAGAAUUUGUCACCAUGGCGGGCGAGUCAGAUGGUGAUCCCUUUGACUGGGACGCCGAGUUGCUCAUCAAAGAGCUUUGCGGCGACCAGCGGCCUUGGGCUCCUGCCGUGCUUUCCAGACGCCCCGACCCGGAGUCCCUUGCCAAGGCUCUACGAGAGAAUGAUAUGGAUGGAGAGACGCUCCUUAGCUGGGAAGACGUCUUCAAAUCUCUUGAUGGCCUCUUUAGGGACCUGGGGGUCGCCAGGCCAGCUCACAGGAUGACCCUGGCAAGGGCCAUUGUCUACCUGAAGAAGCGCAGCCCCAAGUAUCGCAAAGCAAGGGCGCAGUACGCCGCGGAAAAUGAAAUAGACGUAUCCGAAGAUUUAGACGUGAACCCGACGAAGCUGGGUCGUGCCGCGACCCCAACCCCGAUCACCACCACCAUCACGAACACGACGGGGCCUGCAACUGCAAUUAGCAACGAGCCGCCAACCGAAUCACCUACUGCUAAUGGUCACUCCCAGGACGACGUUCUUCAGAACGACCUUCUACAGAAGGAACUUUGGCAGGACGCUUCGGACCGUCAUCCUUCCCCCCCGCGUGAACCAUCCCCUCAUCAUCAUCCUCACGCGGCGGACGAGCCUGAACCGCCACAUGCCCCAGAACGCCCUCCUAAGAAGAGACGUCUGGCGCCACAGCUUGUCUCGGCAACCGUCAGUGCAGGACCUCGGGCGCCAAUCCCCACGGCCGCUGAUUCACUAUCUGUCCUGCCCGGACGGUCUAUCGAAUCGCUGGACUAUCGCACCCGGAGUACCUAUCUUGGUAGUGGCAAACUGAUUACAUCGGAACUAGUUCCGCGCUCCAUGGCAUCUGUGUCCAACAACGGUCAAUCAUCGGCAGAAGACUCGUCUGUCGAAUUUGCCUGGGCUCGGUCACGUAGCAUCCCUCCGGGCAGACGUUUACAGGUUCAUCGAGCCAUGCGAAGACUUCAACGAUCAAACGACAACACACUCAGACAAAUCAAAAAUGGCUUCGCUCCAUUCGUUGAGCGGCCAGAAACCCCCGAAGGCGCCUCGGAGGAUGGCGUGCUUCCGAUCUUCGGAGAUUCUGGCGACGAGGGUGGCUACGAUUCGGAAACGCUGAGGGAAAUGGACGAGGAGGAAGCCGAGGCCCGCGAGGAUGCGCCAUCUAACAAAUUAAGCAAAGAUCGAGUGGACGCAAUCCUAGAGGACGCUAUCCAGGGAUACAUCGACGCUUGGACUGAAUCGAAACUUCCCAAAUACCAGUGGAAGGCGAACCGACUCUGGAACCAAGCCCGACGUCGCGACCGGAACCGGGAAAUCAUGAAGUCGGCCACUCGCGUCGCCGAGCUCAAUGCUCGGAUCCAGAAACUCUGCGCCGAAAUUCGCAUUCAAGACUGGCCCAAAGAAGAUCAUUUGCGCCGACAAGCUCGUUGUCUCGAACCUAGUGUUGAUGACCGCCAGUACUAUUCUUGGCUCGUCGACAUUCUCAAGGGUCGUGAACCCCCACGCGCUCCGCGAGUGUCUCGUCCAGCACACAGGAAAGUCACGCAGCCCAAAGAUGCGACGGUUUCCGAUGAAGAUGGUGAGGUGAUCACCAGCGAUUCCGAACCGAGUGAAGACGAUUUCGAUUUCAUUGUUCCCAACACUGUCGACUCUGAGCCUGAUCAGAGGGGCCCUUCUCCCGAGGCGGAUGCCAGCCAGCCUAUGGACUUGGACACGCCAGAACCCGAAGAGAAAGCUGCUGCUGCUUCGCCGGCGCCCAAAAUGGAAUUCUCGUCUCCGAGCAAGAGUGUUGUUAUCGACCUAACUCAGCCCAGUGGACCCAGAUUGCGCCCAGACAAGAAUGUCGAGUACAUCGAUCUGGUCACGCCCGAGAAACCUCGCCAACCAAGGCCUCCUGGUACAUCAAGCCAAAGCCCUCAGGAACUGGAUCCUUCUUCCGACGAAUGGGAUCUUCCCUUCGACCAGCCGGAGGCAAUAGGUGCCGUUUCUUGUAGGAAAUGGGCAAAACGAAAGGACCACCGCCGCUUGACCAUAUGUUUUCUCUGGAGGCGGCAGGAGCCGUGGAGAGACGUCAUCUUCGAGCUUAUCAAGGCUGAGAGCCCCGAUAACUUGUGGCAGGAAUUCGUCUCUUCCGUGCUGGAUUCGGAUGAAGCUGAGGAAGAAGCCGAGGAAGGCAACACACUCGAUCCCAAGGUUAUCAUCCCCCGGCUGUUCUGGCAGUAUGCAUUCUGCAAGUAUCGCCGCAAGCUCUUCAAGAUCGAAUCGUCCGCCUUUUCCGACGUUUUAGACAUGAAGGAGGAGUUCGACGAGUUUUGCGAUUUCCUCCGGCAACACGUCAUUCCGCAUUUCCCGGCGAGCGCCAUGUCCCCAGACGACGAUAUGCUUUCAGACGUCGACGAAGAGGACGCAGAGGACGCUGACGGGGACAGAGCUUCCGCCUCGCCGUCCAAGCAGGCCCAGAAGCGGAAGCGACGCUUCGUCAUGGACCAGCAGGCCAAAGAUUGGCGAGAAUCCGACAAGAGACGUGUCGAGGAACAGGAGGAACGGCGCAGGCAACUGCAGGCAAGACUAGCUUCCUCCUCCGCCAUCUCGAGAGACAAGUCCCGCCUUAUCAUCAACACCAGCAAAGAGGGCGACGACGACAGAGGCCUUAUCUACGUGCAUGAGCACGUUGCGCCGAAGAUCAAGGACCACCAGAUCGAGGGCGUGCGCUUCAUGUGGAACCAGAUCGUCGUCGGUCAAGGCUGCCUGCUGGCGCAUACGAUGGGACUUGGCAAAACGAUGCAGAUCGUCACUCUCCUCGUCACCAUUGCCGAAGCGUCUAGAUCCCCAGAGCCGGCUAUACGUUCGCAGAUCCCGGAGCGGCUGAGGCAAUCGAAGACACUUGUCCUGUGCCCCUCGGGCCUCGUGGACAACUGGAUGGACGAGCUGAUGAUGUGGACACCAAAGGGGUGCCUGGGGAAUUUUUUCCGGGUGGAUUCUACCAUGUCGCAAGGAGACAGAUGGCUUAUACCAAAGCGUUGGAGCUCCGAAGGCGGCGUCUUUGUCGUGGGCUACGAAAUGUUCCGAAGCAUCAUUGACGACGAGGAGAUCGACAAGAUAUUCACCGAGGAGCCGAACAUAGUCGUGGCGGACGAGGCGCAUCGUAUGAAGAACCCGAACUCCACACUCCACGUCGCCGCCGCGCGGUUCCGUACGAAGUGCCGCCUUGCACUCACCGGAUCUCCGCUCGCCAACAACGUCCAGGAGUUCUAUGCCAUGAUUGACUGGGUCGCUCCUAGGUACCUCGGCCCAGCAAAGGAGUUUAAGAACGUCUAUUCCGAGCCGAUUCACACGGGGCUCUGGGGGGACAGCACGCCUUAUCAGUUCCGCAAGGCGAAGAAGAUGCUGGCGGCGCUCGAGAGGACUGUGGCGCCCAAGACGCACCGGUUGACGAUCAAGGCCCUCGCGGGCGAACUGCCGGAAAAGAAGGAGUUUGUGAUUUCGGUGCCGCUCACCGACCUCCAGGAGAAGCUUUACAAGCUCUUCAUCGAUCGCAGCCAGGACGAAGGCGGCGCGAUGAAGACGUUUGCCAGGAUGAGCUGCCUGAGUCUUCUGUGCAACCACCCUCGGAUUUUCUACGAGAAGGUGUUGCAGGAGAAGAAAGAACAGGAAGCGAAAAAGGGAUCGGCUGGGCACGGCUCGGGCUCGGGCUCGGGCUCGGGAGGGGGAGGUUCUGCGUCCAUGUCCUUGGCGUUCAUGACCGAGUGCGCCAAGGUCCUGAAGCGCCAGGUGGACCUGGGCAGCAUUGAUCUCUCGUGGAAGGUGAAGAUGCUCGUCACCAUCCUGGACCAAUGCCGCCGGAUGAAGGAGAAGGUCCUCAUCUUCAGCCAGUCGAUCCCCACGUUGGACUACUUGGACAACCUCUUCAGGCAGCAAAAGAGGCUGUUCUCCCGACUGACCGGGGACACCAACUCCUCGCUGCGGCAGAGGCUGGUGCGAGAGUUCAACGAGGGCGACAGGGAGAUCUUCCUCAUAUCCACGAAUGCGGGCGGUGUGGGGCUCAACAUCUGCGGCGCGAGCCGGGUGGUGAUCUUCGACUUCAAGUUCAACCCCGUCAGCGAACAACAGGCCAUCGGACGGGCGUAUCGCAUCGGGCAGACGAAGCCGGUAUUCGUGUAUCGGUUCAUCGCGGGCGGCACCUUCGAGCAGCGUCUUCAGCACACGGCGGUUUUCAAAAUGCAGCUCUCGUCGCGCGUGGUCGACCAGGAGAACCCGAAGCGCUGGUCCCAGAAGCUGGGGGAGUUCUUGAAACACUACGAGGAACCGCCGCAAGAGACCCUGGUUCCGUUUCGAGGGAAGGACGUCGUCCUGGACAGCCUCUUGUCCAACCCGACGCUUAGGAACGUGGUCAGGUCUAUCGUCCUGACUGACACUUUCGAGGAAGAAGAUCCUAACGAUAUCGACCUGGACUCGGAGGAGAAGAAGGAGGUCGAAAACAUGAUUCGUAUGAACCAGAUCCGAGAGAGCGACCCGGAGGAGUACCGGCGGCUGGAGAUGGAGCUUGAGCAGAGAGAGCGGCAGUUGCAGUAUGGCGCCAUGGCCAACCCUAGUGGCGGGGUAUUCGGGCAGCCGGCAGGUGGCCCCUUGAUGGCGAGCACGAUUCCACUCGGCCAUCCGUCCACGCUUGGAACCGCGGCUGCGGCUGCGGCUGCGGCUCCUGGUCCCGGUCCCGGUCCCGGGCCCCUGAGCAUGAUACAGAGACGCGUUGCGACGCCGUUGAGCGGUAUACUGAAACGGGCCCUCGGACUUCCUAUCGAUGGUACUGUACAGAGCGGCGUUGGGACGCCAAGUGACAUUCCCAGCCAAGCCCCCGAACCCCAACCGGGACCAGGAUCUCCGCCGCAAAUGACGAUGACAGCGGCCGGAACACCACCAACCGGACCAGCACCAUCGCCGCUCGCCAUGCCCAUAGCAGGGAGGAACACGUCCAUGUCGGCGCGGCAAGACGACUCCUGGGCGAGUCGCAGCACGCCGCUCAAGGCACCGGCCGCGGCUUCGCGUUCCCCGGAAGCACCGGCGUCCGGGCCUGCCGGGUCCACGCGCAAUCCCGACAUUCAGGAGCAAAUCGUCGUCUUCGAAGGCUACUUGGGCCACGCGCUACUUUUGCGCAUCGACAAGGCCGAUUACGUCCCGCCGGGGCUGGAUGUGUCCGGCGAAAGAGUGAGCGCCGUUUCGGGGUCGAUCCAGGCACUGCUGGCACCGUUGGGGAGUCUUCCCUGCCUUUCGCAGUGGAAGUCGCUCAACAAGCUGGCUAGUAAAUCUAGGAGAUUUACCGUGGCGCUGCUUAGCGGGCUCGUGGCCCCCGACUUUGCCGCCAAGGCGCUCGACGAGGAUCUGCAACAGCGCGUGGAGACGCUGGAGCAGAUGGAUGCGGCCGAGUUCCGAGAUGAAGCGGGCAAGGCGAUGCAACGGCCACAGGAUCCAAAUAACCUCGGACACGUACUGCAUCGGUCGGCCAGCGUCACGGAAGCGGAAGGGACGAGGAGGAACCCCCAGGCGGAGGAAGAUCUGCAGGUGAUGCGUGAGCUUGCGGCUCGUCGGCAACGACGCCAGCCCAAGUUGCCGUCAUGGGCGAACCGCGCGGUUGAGGACCAACAGUGAGACGGAUGAUUUUUUGGGUGGCGCCGGGCUAGUAGGACGGGCAUGCAAAGAGGAAAGGGGUCUGGGGGACACGUUGGUGCAACGGAGGGGCGCAAUGUGGUUCUUCCAUGGAAUGAUUUCUUGCUUCGCUGCGCAUAGCUUUAGGAUGGCGAGGGCGUUCAGGGAAGAGGGCAAUGAUUGGCCGCGGUUGUAUCUAGAUACCCGUUUUUUCAUUCCAGUUAAGUGGAUAAUACUCGGCGCGCGUAGCUGAAUGUACACUAGGAUGUGGCGUUGGGAAUUGUCCAUCACUUACCUAUUUAAAAGUUGAGGAUCGGAAGAUCAGAGGCGGGAGGUUUAGGAGAUGGAAGAAUAUCGAAAAUACGUUGUACACGUGUAAUUACACGGUAGAUGGACUUUCGAGAGGAUUCGUCCAGAACAUUGUCCAUCUGACUAAUAAGAAGACGUUCAUUGUCUCCCGUGCCUCGGCGGAAAAAGAUGACUAAAGAUUGAACUGAUG